AUGUCUAUUUUUAGAAAAAAAAAGUCUAAACUUCCAAAUCCCAAAGCCAUAGAUCGCGUUAUAUGUGCUGAAUUGUCAGACAAGAAACUUGAACCAGAUUUGUAUCAAAUUGUUUCUGACAACAUGAUACAUGGACCUUGCGGCAAUGAUUUUCCAUUUAUGCCAUGUAUGAAAAAUGGCAAAUGUCCUAAAGUAUUUCCAAAAGACUUUACAAAUGACACAUAUAUUGAUGAUGAUGGUUAUCCAGUUUACCGAAGACGCGACAACGGAAACAAUGUCGUGAAAAACGGGGUUUCUUUGGACAAUAGAUAUAUUGUUCCAUAUAAUAAGACACUUUUGAAGCAAUACCAAGCCCAUAUGAAUCUUGAGUGGUGUAAUCAGCUUGGAUCGAUAAAGUACCAUUUUAAGUAUAUUAACAAAGGUCCAAACAGGAUCACCGCGUAUGGCAUUCAUUAUAGAACACAACCUGUUGAAAGGUUGUCGUGUCACCUACAAGACAAACAACUUGUGUUUAAACCAUCCCAACGUGUUGCUAAUGUUGUUUCUAAACCAACUAUUGUUGCUUCUCAAUUUUUGGCCUGGAUGGAAUAUAAAGUAUGGACAAGAAGAAAAACAAAGACAAAUUCAUUUGGUAGAAUUGAUCAUGUGUCUCCCAAGUCUGGUGAUGUUUGUUACUUGCGCAUUUUGCUCAACAAAGUAAAGGGUCCUACUUGCUAUGAAGAUAUUAGAACGGUUAACGGGACCGUUUAUGACUCUUACAAAAAUGCUUACUAG